ACUACUGGAGACAAAACGAACAUUCCACUGCCAGAAUGUCAUCGCCGACGAAAAUCAAAGAUACCAGGCAUUACAUCGGGCUGUCGUCGCAAAUUAAAUAAUGCGCUCCCCUGCAUUGAAGAAAAGAGCGCAAAGAGUUAAAGCAAAAAAAGAAAGCAAGAGAGAGGCGCGAUAUAAUCGAGAAAUAUCCCGCUGCCGAAAAAGCGGAUGAUAUAAUUACUGGCGAAACGUUCGAUCGAUUUCUCGGCGGGAAAGUCCGAGGGAUCCCGCCAAGUUGUUUCUUCACCGGCGCGGCGGCGAGCCUUGAAGCACCGAUCGAUCACUCGAAGGAUACAGCAACCCUUCGAGACGCGUUUCAGCGCCCUUGGCCCGAUUCGCGCCAUUAAUAAACUCGAAAAAAAAGCAGGCCGAAAAUUAAAUCCUUGAGAGCGCGAUAGUCGAGCUUUGUUCGUUCCGCGGGCGAACAAAUCGGGCUUCCCCGACUAAUCCGAUUGCGAGCGGAGGCCGCGGCUUCCAUACUUGAGGAAAUUUCAAUUAAAGUUGCUCGCCGUGCCAGCCCACGCACGGCACAUCAGGAUAUCCACGUGAUAUCGCGAAAUCAAGAAUAGCGCGUCGAUCCGGAUUUCUCACUUUCGGAGAUCAACGCGCACGUGAAUCCACGAAGCUAUCCCGACGAAAGCGGAGCUCGAGCGCUUUAUUGUGAAUAAAAGAAAGAACGCAACAAUAAUAUACAAUUUGUUUUUCAAGCUUGAUGAAACCUCAAUGAUUUGAGCGAAGGAGCCUGAAGAGGAACCCUUCGUUGACAGCUGUGUCGAGAACCCCGGAAAUCGAUCCCUCGCUCGAGCGAUCGCGAUACUUGCGGAACCACCUGCUCCCUCACGUACGCCUAAUGUAACCUUCCAUUUGUGCGAGGCGACGUGGGAACGUGACAUCUCAUAGAAACGAGCCCGGGAGAGGAAUACGUGCUCUCUCCCGAGUUAGCUGGCCGUAAUCUUCGGAACGUGAACUUUGACGUGGAGAAUGAAAAGUUUUUCCGCGGAAUAUUUGCUCGGCGAGAACGCGUUUUGAAAAAGAAGGAUAAGUUGGUUUGAUCAUCUCGUCGCGUGGGGGAAGAAAAACCCCUUUCCAAAUAUUUCAGAUUGUGAGCAAUAUAUAUAUAUAAUAAUUUCCCUAAUUGGGACGCUGAAAAAGCAAGAGCCUACAAAGCGGAUGAGCGAUAUUGGUGAAGAAACAUACCGCGUUUCCACUAUCUGCACUAGCGGGAACACCGUAUUUUUAAAGCCAACGAGAUGUGUUUGUUUAGAGUCCAACUCGCGACGAGGCAUUUCAAAUUGAAAUUGCUCGAAAACAACGCGUCACUGUCGCCACAAUCGGCUUAAUCAUCAUCGCAGCUUGCCUACGCAUAUAAAGUGCAAAUUACCGCGGCUUAAAAACACCCUUAUGACAAAUGUCUCUCGGAGGAAAGAGUGGGUUCUGAAAAAAGGGAAAUAAAAUAACAGCAAAGGUUCAAAAGAACCAACUACGCAGUGGAAAUUUAAUCGAUGCACGGCAAAAAGGGAACGAUAGUACACGAAUAGCUCGAGUCGAGUAGCGACAUAUACCUCGGCUUCUAUGUUUUUCGCGGCGGCAGGUUGUAAACAAAUUUACGACCGGGAAGCACACUCCAUCAAAAUUAUACGGCGCGUCGAGAGGAGAAAGAGAGAAUAGGGAAUUAAAAAUAAAUAAUAAAAAAAAGAAAGAGGGACAGUUGUCGGGUGCCGGCUGUCGCGAUCUCUCUCCGAAUCGGUGCCCAACUAAGCCAGAGAGUGGAAGCGCCAGAGGAGGAGCGCAAGAGCGGCCUCGUCCGCGGUCUCGUACGGCGAUUGAGCAGCGGAGGCGCCGGCCGAUCGGGUCGCCAAGCCGACGGCGACAAGACGAGUCCCGGCGGCGAUUGCACCCUCGUCGUAGGAGGACCUGGGGGAGCAUCACCCGGGCAGCAGCAGGAUCAAUUGGUACCAGUGGGGACCGGAAGCGGAAGCACGGUGUCCGCGUCCGCGGGUACCCCGAGCCGACGGGCGAGCCGCGAUCUAAGCCCCUCGAAGAGGUCGCAGGAUGCUGCCGCGGUGGCCAGCCACGGGGGCGGAGGUGGUGCCGGUACCGCGUCGUCGUCGUCGUCGUCGUCCGGCGGCACCGGACAGGAUUGGAGAAAGCUAGUGGGCAGCAUAAGGCGCAAGGUGCGCCGGAAGACGGGACAGAACAGCUCCAGCAUAUCCGAGGCCGCUCUCCAGGAAACGACCAAUCGCAAUCAGGAUGAUUUUCUCAAGGCCGCGAUGAGGAUCUUCCUGGUGGUCUCGCCGCCGAUGACGCGUGUUCAGGUGCGUUCGAGAUCGCUUACCCAGCUGGAUGCCCUCAGCAGCAGCAUGUUGGACACGGGGGAGCAUCAUCUGGAGAGCGAUUCCUCGCAGCAGCAACCCCAUCAUCUGCACCACCAUCAGCAACCCCAUCAGCUGCAACACCACCCUCUCAGCGUCGAGUGCAAUCGAAUUCGAUUUCUCGCACCGGGCGCGACACCCCAAGUCGAGAUUGUACACCCCAAUCGUGCCAGACACAAACUUUCGCGAUCUCAGGUGUCCAGCAACGAAUACUUCAGUGUCAGUUUUGAGGGCGAAGACAUCCCCGGUUCCUUCGAACGCGAGGAAUUUUUACCAGCUACGAGGGGAACUUACCUGGUGGAUGUCCUGGGUCCGGCAUGCGAACGUCGCGGCGUCGAUUUAUCGCGCGUCGAAGUUCUGGACAGCUCGUCGACGCCGUUAUCCCUGCUGACGACGGACGCCUCUACCCUCGGUGGGAAGCAUCUACGAGUAGCCGUUAAGGAUGAAAGAUUGAAUUCUCGAACGCCGAGUCAAAGAGGAAACCAGAAUGUGCCGUUGCGGAAAACCAGUGGAAAUCAUUAUCGAGGCCGGAGCGGUCGUUUCUUCAGCGUCUCCACCGAAGAUACGAACGUCGAUUCCGAGGUUGGCGCUUCCUGCACGACGCUCGCUUCUGGUCGAGGUUCCGCUGGGGCUGCGGGACUCAAGGCCAGCAAGCAGCGCUGGAGCGGGUUCUUCACCAACACCAAGGGUAUCAAGAUGGACCUCUUAACUGCCCAACUGGACGAGUACAACAAGCACGGCGUGCCGAAACUCCCGAAUCUUCAAUGUGAUCUGACGAUCAACGAAGAAGCGCUCUACAGUUUAGAAGAUGACUGGCGCAAUAUCGUGGAGAAUGCUCACCACCUCUCGGAGAAACAAACACAGCAACAAACCGCUCUCUGGGAGUUGGCCGAAACCGAAGUGGCUUACAUUAAAACGUUAAAGGUCGUAACCGACCUCUUCAUGGCGUGCCUCUGUAGUCUGCAAGCCUCGAAUAUCCUGAACGAGGUUGACAGGUCGAAGCUCUUCAGCAAUAUACCCGAUAUCUACGCCGCUAAUCGCUACUUCUGGACCGAGUAUCUGCUCACGAUGGUGAAUACGUCGAGAUCGAGCGGACACCCGCUCGAUCCCGGUCAUCUUCUCCUGGGCUUCGAAACUUUCGAGCAGAUCUUCGCGCCUUACACGAGAUACUGCGCCGAGCAAAGCAAGUGUCAGCAAUAUUGUAAGGACCGGCUGAAUGAUAAUCAGCUCUUCACGGCGUAUCUCGUGUGGUGCGAAACGCAAAAGGACUGCAACCGACUGAAACUUAUGGACAUAUUAGUGAUGCCGAUGCAGAGGCUAACUAGGUAUUCGCUUCUGCUCAAAGCCGUUUGUAAAAAUACCGAGAACGAGGAGCAACGUGCGGAAUUAGUCCAUAUGAUCAAGUCUGUCGACGGUUUCGUGGCGUCCGUGAACGCGGCCCUGAGGAAGAACGAGGAGGCUGCUCAGCUGGACAGCGCAGCCUCCCGCCUAGAGAGUUACGACGUCGUGGAAUCUAAAGGUCUCGAUGAGGAAGUGGAGAAACUGAUAAAACUGUACAGCAAUCUCGACAUCACCACGGUGCCGAUGCCCGGGUGUCCGAAGGAUAGCCUGAGAACUCUUCUUCGAGAGGGGGAUUUGAAACUGAGAGACGCCACCAGCAAGAUGGAAGUGCACGUACUGUUAUUGACCGACAUGUUGCUAAUUUGCAAACCUACAACGAAAAAAAUGUUUAAGAUCAUUAGGCAACCGUAUGUUGUCGACCGCAUACGAAUACACGAGGUCAAAGAACCGUCCAGUCUCGGAUUGGUUUAUCUUAACGAGUACGGGACAGUUUCGGCCGCUUUAAUCCUGAGCGCCGGUGACCCGAAACUAGCCAAGUCGUGGAUGGAAUCCUUGAGACACGCCCAGCAGCAAUUUGCAUUGUUGAAAGUAUCGUCGCUCGGUGCCGAGCCAGUGAUGAAUCUUGCAACAGUUAGCAGGCAACCGAGCACAUUGGGCGACGGUGAUUUCGAAGGGGAAGAAUGUGAGGGAACCUUUCCAAGAACUCCGCGUGGCAGUAGUAGAGCCUCACAUGUUAGCAGUCUCGCUCAUAGUCAUAGCGGCAGUAUGGAGAUGGAAGGCGUGUCUCCGGGAAGUAGCAGCUUCCUGCCGAGUUACAAUCCGAGCAGAAACGUCAGCGUGGAGACCAACGAACAACCGCGAGCGUCGAGUUCCUUGUCGUCGGAAGAAGGUGGCGAAUCCAGUUCCGGGCAUAAUCACAGAUCCAUAAGGCGCUCGUUGCUGAGUAAAUCCCCGACGCCGAACACGCUGAGUGUCCAAGUGCCAUACUCGAGUCUGGGUCAGUCGCUACCCAAUCUGACGCUGGCUACCUCGCCGCAAACUUCUACUGUGUCGCCGACGCCACCGAACUCGUUGCUCAUCGUGCCGCAGAUGACGAAGAGCAAAGACACCUUGCUCUCACCAGGACACCGAGGUAGUAUAUCCUACCCACCGCCGUCACCACCGCGAGGUGCUCUCAGACGAGCGGUUGCGUUACCGCAAUCCCGAAAUCCGCCCUUGAUCAAAACGAGGAACGUGAAUGCGUCCUUGACGCAACCGAUGAUGCAGGCAACAGCGAUGGGCAAUUCUGACACCGAAGUAAUCGAGGAGAGACGGAAAAGGUUGGAUCCUUCGCAGAGAGUGCCGUCGACUAGUAGCGUCGUCGAAGAAAAAAAAUGACCAGUGAAUUGACCUGCAAGAAGAAUUUCCCAAAGAAUGUCUGGUAUGGACCACAUCGCAUGGAUGUACGUGAUAUAUGAAGCUCGACGUGGAUAUACACGAUGAUAUGUAAUGCUCGACGAGAUGCAUUUUUCUCUUUAACUCUAUGUGCGAGUGCUGCACACACUUUCACAUAGAAAAAAAAACAAAAAUUCGAGCAUCAUUGAUCUUCGAGGAUUGAUUGUCUCGCACUCUCUAGAAUUCUAUCUGGAAACGAAUCAAGCAAUUUUACAAUCGAUUGGGGCCAUUCGAAAUCAACGUGAAGUUUGUACCACGACCGUAUUGCUACUUUUAUCUCGUUAUCCUUGUAACAGUAGAUGUUUCUUUGUAAUAUUUAUCCAAGUCCGAGUUGUCUGUGUUUAACAUUGCAUUGCGGCGUUGAACAGAGUCGCAGAUGCAAUAUUUAACAUGUAGACGAUUUAAAUUUUUAAGCGACGAACAAAAAGGCCUACUUAGCGUAAUUACAAUAAUUAAGAUUAUAUAGUGAAUGUGUAGGGCCGUCGUUGACUUUUCAGACGCCUUUGUAAAAUAAUUUAUUUUAACGUUUUAGCGAAGACAAAUUUUUAGAGAGUAAGGUAUUGAUAUUUAACGAAAACAUGGAAACACAAUUUGACGCAUUAAAUAUUUUCUAAUAAUCUAUAUAAGAAAAGGAUUUCAAGUACAAUUGCCUUUUUUCAGGUUCAACGAAUAAAUUAAUGGAUUAAGAAAAAUAUAGAAAGAUGAUGUCAAAAUAUUUUAAGAUAAAUGAAAUUUCAAACCUCUGUAUUUGUGUUUAUUCUAAAACAAAAAAAAAAGAUUACUUUAGAGUCGCAUAUACCGAAUUCGAAGACACCUUUUUCUGAAACUGUUAUUAAAUAAAACAAUAUUAUCAUAUAUACUUGUUUGCAAAAGUUUGAAUUGCGAAUCUUGAAUUUAAUAAGAAAAAAAAAAUUGAAUUUUUAGAAAAUAUUAUUUUAAAUACACGUAUAAUAAUUCAAUUUUUUUAGACUUAAAAGUAGCUUCUUCCCCUUCGCGCUUUUAUGCAAUGCACAAUUUACAUUUACACAUUGUCUUGCGGCGGCUCUGGUGGAUGUUAGAACUUAACGAUUUCGCAGAUGAAUAAAUGAAAAGUAAUAAACGUUUACUUGAAACAACCUUGAAUGUAACAAAUGAUCGAAUGGAAUACGCCCCGAUGUAACUUAGACGUUAAAUUACAGAAUGAUGUCAGAAGGAUUACUUCUCUAUUUCGAGCAUUUUAUCCAUAUAAAGUGUAAAUAACAAAUGUAAGAGAAAAUUUGAAUCAUAUAAUCCAAUAAGAUACAAUAGCCGAUCACUCUUUAUCUAAUAAUAUUUCAAACUGAGAGUAAUAGCAUAAAUAUUGUGAUCAUAUUCUUUUACAUUUGACUAAUGUAUACUCUUUGCUUACAAACUCGCAUUCCGUUUAGUCAUUUCGUUACAUUCAUGAAAAUUUGAUGGCUUUGUCCAAGUAUUGUGUGUCGUCAACGUGUGUGGUUCAACGAAAAUUUUGAAAACCGAGCUGUAAUGGAUUAUAAACGUUAUUUCCUACGAAAUAGCACGAUUUGAUGGGCGGCAGGACAAAGGAACGAAAAGAUAGGAGAAACGCAGAAAGAAGAGAUAUUUGCUUCACAAGUACAAAUCCGUCUGGACGAUUUUAUUCCAAGAUGAAAGAAUCGACUUCGAGACCGAUUCUUAAAAUGCAUUGCUAAUUGGACGUGUAUUGAAAAAAUAAAUGCCACCUAUUUAGAAAUAACAUUAGAUACAAUAUAAAUGCCAUCUAUAUAGAGAUAAUAUUAUGUAGAAAAAAGAAAGAGAGACGGGAAGAGAUAAGAGCAAUGAUUUUAUACGAGCUCCUGUUGUCUGGUAUUCCUCUCGUUUCCUCGAUUCGUAUUAUUUGCCCUUAAGUUUGAAACAAUUAAAUUACUUCCAUAAAAAUACGAAUCGCAUGUAUGUACAAUUAUAAUCGAGAUUAAAAUAUAAUACAUAAUUUAUUAA